AUGGCGCUGAAAAUGAAGCCUAAAUUAAGAAAUGGCGAUGGUUUAAAGAAAGAUGAAGCCAUUCUGCAAAACCGAAAAUCUUUUCCUCAAAGAAAUUCUCAUUUUGUUAACCCACUCACAGGAUGUCGGAUGCCAGGUGGAGUGGACUCACCACAAGCCUUCUGGGAUGUCUUGGUCAACCAGAAAGACAUGGUCAGCGAGGUGCCUUCUGACCGCUGGUCACUGGAUUCAUUCCACGAUCCUGACCAAACCAACCACAGCAAGAUGGUGACACGCCGUGGUGGCUUCAUUCACAACAUGGACAAGUUUGACAACACCUUCUUCAAGAUUUCACCACGUGAGGCGAGCUCCAUGGACCCUCAGCAGCGCCACAUCCUCGAGGUCACCUACGAGGCUUUCCAAGAUGCUGGUGUCCUCCCAAGUGAUCUGAAGGAAUCCUGUGGUGUCUACAUCGGUGUGGGUAUGAUGGACUAUGCUGUGAUGCUCACAGAAACAUCCCUGAUUGGUCCCUACAUGCACACUGGAACUGCCCAUUCAUCCGUUGCCAACAGGAUCUCCUAUGUCUUUGACCUUCGUGGACCCUCCUUUGCUGUUGAGACGGCAUGUGCCUCAUCCAUGACUGCGAUGCAUCUUGCUUGUGAUGCCAUCUGGAAUGGAGAGUGCACCUAUGCAGUUUCUGGAGGCUGCAAUGCCCUACUCAUCCCAGAGACCACUGUGGGGUUUAGCGCUCUUGGGGUCUUGUCUGCAGAGGGGAAAUGCUGCCCUUUCUCCGAUAAGGGGAAUGGCUACGUCCGUAGUGAGGGUUUUGGUGCAUUCAUUCUUAAACCACUAGAAGCAGCGAUGGCCGAGAAUGACCACAUCUAUGCCGUAAUCCGCGGCAGCUCCAUCGCAGCAAAUGGCUCCUGCAAGAGUUUAACAAUGCCAUCGGGUCCCGCACAGGAAAUGGUGAUGAGAAGUGCAUACAAACGUUUCGGCAUACCUACCUCCUUGGUUCAGUAUGUGGAAGCUCAUGGCACUGGAACACCUGUGGGUGAUCCAAUCGAAGCAGAGGCUAUCGGAAGCAUUUUUGGUACCCAGGACAAUGACCCUAUCAAAAUCGGAUCAGUGAAGAGCAAUUUCGGCCACAACGAAUGUGCAGCUGGCAUCACUUCCUCCAUCAAAGUAGCUCUGAUGUUGGACAAAAAAACUCUGGCACCAACCAUCAACCACGACAAGCCAAAUCCAAACAUUGAUCUCAAAGGUCUUAACCUUCAGGUUCAGACAACGACAGAAUCACUGAAAGGCAAAGAAGGUCCGUACACAAUUGGUCUCAACAGCUUUGGAUUUUCUGGAGCAGUGGCCCACAUGAUCUUCCAAGAGGCACCACAGCCUCUGCAGAAGACACAAACAAUUCCCAAUGCUAACUGGAAGUUUGGAGAUGGAGACCAGCUGGGUAGGCCAGUCAUCCUUCCUCUCUCUGCCAAGUCAAAAGAUGCACUCAACGACCUUGCCCAGAGAUGGCUGGAGUUUGAGAGUGACAAGGAUGCUCUAAGUGUUGUCUCGUGGCAAGCAACACGAAGAGAUCAUCACCCUUACCGCCUCGCCGUCAUAGCUAACUCAGGAGCCUCCUGCAGACAGAGUCUUGAGGGAUUCCUCCAAGGGGGAAUAUCUGAGACAGUGAUAUCGGGAACUGCUCCUCAAGGCAAGCCUAAGAUCUGCUUCGUCUUCCCUGGACAGGGACAACAGUGGGUUGACAUGGGCCGGAAGUUGUACAGAGCUGACAAUGUCUUCAAGGAAAGUAUUGAUCGAUGUGACUCCAUCUACCGGAAGAUAUCAGGUUGGUCCUUGCUAGAAAAAUGUGGCUUAUUCAACGGCAAUGCUAUUGACUCUAAGAACUCCCCAUACUCGUCAGUUGACGAUGCACUGAAUCAAGUGGAAGUGGUUCAGCCAGCAAUCACCUUCAUCCAAGUUUCACUCUUUCAUCUAUGGAAGCACUUAGGAGUGCACCCAGAUGUUGUUGUUGGCCACAGUGUUGGUGAAAUAGCAGCGGCUUACGCCUGUGGUGGACUUACACUUGAGGAAGCGAUAUCUGUGAUCUACCACCGAAGUCAUGAGCAGGCAAAACAGAAGGGCACUGGAACAAUGGCUGCUUUGAGAGCUACAAAAGAACAAGCUGAAAGAAUCUGUGAAGAGCAUGAGCAUCUGUACAUAGCAGCAGUCAACGCACCUGGGUCCAUGACACUUGCAGGGAACAUUGAUGUCAUAGCAGCAGUGGUUGAGAACAAUCCCGGAAAGGCCAAACAGUUGCGGGUCACAUGUGCCUUCCACACUCCAGAGAUGGACCCCAUCAAAAAGCCCUUCAUGGCAGCCAUGAAAGGUGUUGUUACCAGUGAAACUGGCAAGCGUGAUGUACCUUACUACUCCACUGUAACAGGUAAAGACUACGAAGGAAGUUUCGACACCGACUACUGGUGGAACAACAUCCGAAGUGCUGUACUCUUCCAGCCUGCCAUUGAAGCUAUUCUGCAGGAGACAAAGGCAGAUAUCUUCCUGGAGAUUGCAGCGUCCAACACUCUUCUGACACCUAUCAAGCAGAUUGCUCAUGCCUUGGACCCCAAGAAUCCACCUGUUAUAAUCAACUCCAGCCUCAGAGAAAAGGACGACCUACUUAACAUGCAGCGAGCAGUUGGAUCUCUGUACACCAACGGCACCUCACUUGACUGGCGUACGAUAACAGACAAUGCAGCAGAAUGGGCACCAGUUCCAACAUAUCCCUGGCAACACCAGUCAUUCUGGCUGGAAACAGACGAGAGACAAAAGCACCGUCUUGGUUUGGAUGAUCGUACAAUCAAAGGCCAAAGUGGCAAAUUCACUCUGGACAUGUUCCCCUUUUUGGCCGAUCAUGUGGUUGGGAACCGCAUUGUCUUUCCCGGAGCCGGCUACGUCGAGUUCAUGAUUCAGAUGGGAUUUCCAGAGAUGGAGAAACCAGCCUUGAAGAACAUCAACUUCACUCGUGUUCUUCCAUGGCCUGAGGAUGCUGACCCCAAAAAGUGCACCCUCAAACUUGCGAUGGUGAAGGAUGGAACGAAGAUGCAGGUUACCUGUGAUGGAAAUCAACACAGCGAUGCCCACAUGGAGUCUGUCCCAAGCAAGACUCUGGAAGCCCCGUUCCCUCUGGAGGAAAUUCAAAAGAGAUGCACUGUUGAGGUCAGCAGUGAACUCUUCUACUCCAGGUUGGCAGCGGUGGGUCUCAAAUAUGGACCAGCAUUCCAGACGGUUGAGAAGAUGUUUCUUGGAGAUGGUGAAGCUUUAGCCAUCUUGAAUCUGGUCACCGAUAACAAACAGAGGAUCCAGAUUACUCACUUUGAUGCCACCUUUCAACUUGUCCUCUCCGCUGUGGGUCCAUUCAAUGCGAUGUACCUCCCAAUACGCAUUGACUCCAUGCAGAUGACAACUGAAGCCAUCCCAUCAGGUAAAAAGAUUCUCGCGUACACCAAAAUCCACGAAUAUGACAGCACUUACAUAGGAGCUGACAUAAAGAUGCUCACCCUUGAUGGACAAGUUUUGGUUGAUGUUAAAGGUUUCUUGGCACAGAACUUCAGUGGCAACCAAUCAGACGUUCCUAUCGAGUCAUGUGUUUACUCGACACUAUGGCAGCCAGCCUCAGCAUGCACUCUGCCAACUUCAGUUCUUUCUGAGGUCUUUCAAAAAGAAAAUCUGCAGGAGAUGUGGGGUGAUGAUUUAGAUGUUAUCAUGCGGGCUGAGAAGGUCCUUGAUGAUCUUGAAGGAGUUUGUGUGUCCUACAUUAAACACGCCCUCGAUGAAGUUCCUUCUGAGGAGAUGAAUGCAAAAAUAGUCAGUUACAUCAGACGAAUCAAGUCCUUACAAAUCAACACCAAGACCAAGCCUAUUCCAUACAGCCACAUUCCAGCGGUCAUCAGAAACAUCCUCAACACGGCACCCGAGUUGGACGCUGAGGUUAAUCUGUUGAAGCAUUUCGGAGACAUACUGCCUGAAUCACUAAAGGAUCCACAAGUUGGACUAUCAGUCUUGUACCCUGAAGAAGGAAUAGACAACUACUAUCACAACUCACUCAGCACAAGGCUGUACUACAAGGCCACAUCCCAAGCUGUUGUCAAAUCCAUCUCCGAGGCUGUCAAACAAAAAACGGUUGUUAGAGUUCUGGAGUUGGGAGGUCAAAUAGGAAGUCUGACACAGAUGGUUUUGGAGCCCCUCAAGGAUAUGGGUCUCACAGAGCAGAUAGAGUACGUUUUCACUGACGGAAAUAAAAAGCUCAUUCAGCAAGCUCAGGACAACCUCAGUGAUUACUCCUUCAUUGAGUAUAAACAGCUGGACAUCAAGAAGAAUGCUAAAGAGCAAGACCUUGUUGCCAACAGCUUUGACAUUGUCAUCUGCGUCAAUGCUUUGCAUGCUACCAACAACAUCCAGCAGAGUGCCAGAAACGUCAGAAACCUUGUAAGUCCAGAUGGCCUGAUGUUCAUCAUCGAGAACACAAAGAUGCACUUCUUGGCCGACUUCUUCUCUUUGGCUGCUGAGGAAGAGCACCACCUGCUCUCAAGAAAAGAUUGGGUUGAUACCAUGAUCAGUGUUGGCCUUCAGGAUAUCGUAUCUGCUUCUUCACCACAGGAGUUCUUCCACAGCGUGUUUGCGGGUCGUAAGCCCCCAGUGUCUCCUCAGAUGAAAAAAGUUGACAACAAACUCAUCAUCAUUCAAAAUGAAAGUGACCAAUUCACUGUAAAGUUCCUCAAAAGCUACAAGGGAAAAUCUGAGAUGUGCAAGUUCUCCACCGCCGAGCCUUUCGACUGCAUCAUCAGUGAGCAAAUAGAAUCCCCAGCAGAAGUGAUGUAUGUCUACAGCGAUGAGGACUCAAACCUCUAUACUCUCCUGAGACUCUUCCAGGCAGUGGAGACAUACCCUGAAGCUGUCAAGCGUGUCUGGGUGUUGACAACGGGUGGUAACAGCGACUCCCCAUGUCCAAGUGGCUCCUUAGCAGUUGGUCUGGCAAGGGCUGUUAGCAAUCAGAUUCCAACUGUUCAAAUAGUCACUGUUGACUUUGAUCCCUGCUCCAAAGUUGAGGAGAAUGUUCAAGAGUUGCUGAAGCUGAUGAACGAUGAUGCAACUGGUGAGCAAGAGAUUAUAAUCAGAAAUGGAGAAAGAAGAGUGCCUCGUCUUAUCCGCCAAGAUCUACAAGAAGUCAGCAAGGUUCAGUCCAAGAAUUGGCGUGUGGAACAAGAUCUCAAAGGUCCAAGGGGCAAAGGUGCCUCAAUUGAUGAUCUUGCCUUCCAUGAUGUUCCUGAUCUAGAAAUUCCUCCAGGCCACGUCAAGAUCGCUGUACAGGCAGCUCCACUGAACUUCAAAGAUGUGAUGAUGGCACUGGGUCUCCUUGAGGGAUUGGAGAGCGAUGUGCAUCCAUCCUUUGGUCUCGAGUGUGCGGGCGUUGUUGUUGAGGUCGGGAGUGGUGUGAGUGAUCUUGAUGUCAAUGAUAAGGUGAUGGCUUUUGGAAAGAACUGUUUUGCAUCUCAUGCUGUCUGUGAUUCCCGGUUGACUGUUCCAAAGCCAGAAAAUCUCAGCUGGUUGGAUAGUUCCAGUGUUGGAGUAAUUUUUGUGACAGCUUAUCUCAGUCUGGUUGAUCGGGCCAACUUGAAGAAAGGAGAGACAGUCUUGAUUCAUUCAGCCUGUGGUGGUGUUGGUCUGGCAGCAAUUCAAAUCGCUCGUAUGAGAGGAGCUAAGAUUAUCUGCACAGCUGGUACAGAAGAAAAACGUUCCUAUCUUCGUCAGGAACUUGGCAUGGACUUGGUCAGCGACUCUCGCUCAACAAGAUUCUAUGACGAUGUCAUGGAGUGGACAGAUGGCAAGGGAGUGGAUGUUGUCCUGAAUUCUCUGUCCGGGAAACUGUUGCAGACAGGUCUAUCACUGUUGAGUCCUGGAGGCAGAUUUUGUGAGAUAGGUAAGCGGGACAUCCUUCAGGGCUCUAGUCUCCCGAUGAGUUUCUUCUUGGAGAACAAGGUGUUCCACUCCUGUCAGCUUGACAUCUUGAUGAAACAGCGUCCAGAAGAGGUACAAACUGUCAUGAAAAAAGUUGUCUCAUUGUUUGAAGAUAGCACACUGCAACCUAUCCCAACAAGUGUGUACUCGAUAGAAAACCUCAAGGACACAUUCCGGGUCAUGUCAAAAGGAUCUCACAUUGGCAAAAUUGUCUUUGAGGUGCCUGAAAAUUUCCAGCCAAAGGAGGUACAUCCUUCACUUUGCCAGUUUAAGCCAAAUGCCACCUACAUCGUCACUGGAGGGUACGGAGGAAUUGGACAAGCUCUUUCAAGAUGGCUGUGUCUGAAUGGGGCAAAGCAUAUUGCCCUUGUGUCUCGCAGGGGGGCAACAACAGCAGCAGCAAAACGAACUCUGAAUUUCCUGAAGAAAAACAACGUUCACACGUACGAGUUUUAUCUGGACAUUUCAAACAAAACCAGUGUUGAGGAACUUCUGAUGACACUACAACAAAACAAGAUGGCUCCACCCAUUAAAGGAAUCUUUCAUCUUGCUGGAGUGAUUGAUGAAGAAAACCUCCAUGACAUCACUCCAAGUCAGAUAGAUCGCAUCCUUGGAGCAAAGGCUCUCGGCGCUCAACAUCUUAAUGAGCUGACCCAAAACAACAACCUGGACAUCUUCUUCAUGCUGUCUUCAAUCUCCACCACCUGGGGUCACCAAGCACAGCCGUGCUACUGUGCUGCUAACGCCUACCUCGAUGCUUUGGCCGAGAAGCGACACAGCGAGGGACUGCCAGCUCUAUCUGUCCAGCUUGCACCUGUCAGAGGCGCUGGGUACCUGGAAGACAAAGGGCAAACAGUGAAAGUCCUGGCCAUGAAGGGAUGCUACCAACUACACGUGGAUGAGUUCCUGCAGGUGGUUGGACAGCUGCUGCCUCGGCGAGAUCUCCCAGUUGUGACAUUUGCCAAUCAGGACUGGGGAAUAACACAGACUACCUGCCACAGGUCCCUGCUGAAAUUCCACCACCUGGCAACGAGGAGCAAAGCCACGGCAACCAAGGGCGAAACUCCGCACAUGGAACUGGCAGACAUGGAGACCAGCAUCAAAUCCAAGAUGGGGGAACUCCUGUGCAUGUCAGAAGAAGCCAUCGACAUCAGCCAACCGAUGGUGAACUACGGGGUGGACUCCCUGGUUGCCUUGGAGAUUGCCAACUGGGCCACCAAUCAGCUCGGAGUAGAGAUCUCCCAGUUGGACAUUCUGGGCGGCAUGGCGACAGUAGAACUGAUCGAGAAGGCCAUGGAAGCAAACUGAGUAGUCUAUCGCAUAAAUCUUUCAUCCAAUUCUGAUUGCAGCAUAUACCUAAGCUCAUGAAAGUUGUACAUUUCAUUACGAAUGCAUCAUUCCAAUUUCUAAAAUGAAUGAAUUUAAUUAAGAAAUUAAAACUCAAAUGGAGAAAAAAUGACAAGUUAGAUCUUUCUGGUGUAAAACAAUAAUAGAAUUAUGCAUUCUUUGGAGCAGUUUUCAUGUUGUAGAAGGUGGCACAUUUUACAUUGUUAUUGAUGUACAUGUAAACGAUUAAUGAAAAUCAAUAUUUUGAGGUAAUUGGGAUGUGCAACAUGUUUAAUUUUCUCAAUACAUGUACUUGGAAUUUGAUCAACUGGGGAAAAAA